CAAUUGUCGUUGGUGUUUUCUACUUUUCGCUGGCGAUAGGUGCACAUAAUUACGAACAUCCCCAAAGUAAUGAAUGCGCGCUUUUCAAAACAAGAAAAUGCCAAAAAAAUAAGGUGGAGGUUUCGUUGAGAUACAAGCGUUCAAGAAUCUGAGGCCUUCGUCACAUCAUCAAUGCGAGAGUUUCUGGUUUUCUUGUUGACCCUCGGUUAUGGUCUCGCCCAAAUAAGUAUCCAAUUGGUCGCAAACUGGGAGAAAUCCCCGUUUGAACUUCUACUUUUAGAAACAGUUUCUUCGGAGAACGAGUCAUAUUUCAUACCUGCAUUAAGCAAAGUUUCGAAUGUUCUUUUUAACGAAGAAGAUGAUGAUGAGGCGGAUUUAUCUGCAAUUGAUACAAGAUCUGAUGAAAAGUUGUUCAAUGAAGUGUUCGACCUUCUAACACCAGAAGAACGUUCGCUUUAUGAGAUUCCACUCGCAACUAAGUAUUACUCUCCGAGAAUUGUUGCACAUUAUAAAUACUACAAUGAAACAAUUCUUCCAAAGUUUUCAGAUAUCUUGCGAAAGAAGUGCGGAGAGAUACCACAGACAUGGCUGGAAUUGAACGGCGUGGUCUACUGUGAACCAGAUGAUGUUUAUGCAUUGCAAAUUGACAAAGAGGGAAAUUUUGACCAGGAGCCAUUUGACAGGGUGAUCGGUGAUAGGGGUCCUGUUCUUGCUCUGUAUGGUACAGUAAGUGACCCUAAGUUCCCGCAAUUCCUUUCUACCUUAUAUCAGAGCUCUCUGUCAGGAAAGCUGCGUUUUGUCUGGAGAUACACCCCACAACCGCAUACACAGAGAGAACUCUUAAGCGGUUAUGGUGUGGAUCUCACUCUAAAAAGGACCGAUUAUAUUGUGAUCGAUGAUAGAGAGCUUACUGGAUCUGAGCCUCAAAUUGUUCUGAAAGAUGACAAGCUCUUAGAUGACCAAACUGACACCUUUCUUGAUACAUAUGAUAACGAUAUUAAACCAUUGGCCAAAGGGGAACUUUCUAGCCUGGAUCUGAAAGCAGCCAGCUUUGUUUUGGACUCAAAAUCUGCUUCAGAUGCUUUCAAUAGAUUGCUUAAAUUGACCCAAGAUCUUCCCAAGUUUGCCUCUUAUCUCUCUGAUCAGGAAAUUAACGAAGAUAUCUUUGCCCAAAUGGAAUACAACGAAAAGCUGGGAAUAACGUCUUCAAGCACGGGUAUUUUUCUCAAUGGAGCUCCGCUAAAUUCUGUGAGAUCUAAUAUUUUUGAUUUAUACAAGCAACUCAAAACAGAGAUGAAAUUCAUUGAACUUCUGAAGGAGUUGGAUGUUGAUCUUACUGACGCUAAAAAUGUUAUUGGAAAAUUUGCAUUACUAUCGGCUUAUGGAUCUCAGUCUAGAGGAAUCAAGAGAUACAAAAUUCCACAAGGUCUAGAAGGUGCUGUGGUAUAUUUGAAUGACAUUGAGAAAGAUGAGGUUUAUAGUGAAUACUCAACUAAUGUUGGUGAUUUCCUGAAAAGAUUUCAGUUUGGUGAAAUACCUGAUGUGAAGGCAAACUUACAUUCUGCUAUAUUUGUCAUGGAGUUGUCGAACAAAGAGGAUGUUUCAAACUUUAUUCAUAUCGUGGAUAGUAUAACUAGAGAUCAGCUUUCACAACAUAUUGGUCUUGUACCACUGAUCAAGUCUAAGGAGGACCGUUCGUUAGCAAACCAGCUAUAUAAAAUUUACAGAACGGGAACCAGAGAAGAUAUUCUUGAGUUCUUGAAGUAUUUGAAAAAAGAAGAGCAUUAUGAUGACGUUGACUAUGUUUCAACCUUGGUCGAGCCAUUUGUUCAAAAUUUUGAUGUCAAGAGACCUUGUGUGAUUGUUAAUGGUGUGUUUUACGAUCUUCAUGGUAACUGGGCUUCUCUAAUGUCAAGACAAGUGUUUGCGGAUAACAACUUCAUAGCUGGGAUGGUGUAUCAGAGAAGUGUUGCAACCCUGAAAGACAUCAAGGAGAAACUAUACGAAGACUCUUUGGAAUCGCGCAACCUUCUACUUGUUCCUUCGAACGAUGCAGAUGUUUCACAAGUAAUAAUUACCCCAGAGUUUGUCAGACAAUGUGAACAUCAAUUUUCCAAUGUUGUCUUCACUUUCUCAGAGACUUCUCACGGAAGUAUCACACCGACUCUCACUUUUGGUGCCAAUUUUGGCUCGCUUUAUGCUCUAGAACAGUUGUCUGAAAUACUCAAAUCUUUGGAUGAGUCGAAAAUUGCCCUGAGGGUCAGAUUGGUUCACACUGGUGCUGACGUUUCAUUUAUUGGAAAACUCAGACAAGCCUCCCACGCUUCGUUGAAACAUCUUUCUGAGACUGUUAACAGCAUCAUCAAUGAACACCAAUUCAACAACGAUGAAGAACCACUCUCAUCAACUAAAUACUUACUUGACUCUAUUGGUGUGGAUUCCCAGUCAUUCAUACUCCUCAAUGGACGUUAUAUUGAUUUGAAGGGGACAAUUGCCAGAGCAGAGUCAUUGAAGAGUUUUUAUGAAUAUGAAAUGACUACAAGGCUCAAAAACGCUAUCAACCUGAUAAACACCAUUGAAAUAGAAAAAGAUGGUGAUAUCUCCGAUUGGUUUGAAAGUUUUUCUAGUGUCCUUAGUGCUUCUUAUUUUAAUGGAGAGAACCGCAUCACGAGAUUUGACUUUUCAAGACUCCAAACGGAUCCAUCAAUCAAGUUUGGAGACAAAAAAGAAAGUUUAGUGAAUAUUUUGGCCGUUUUUGACCCUAUAAAUGAAUACACACAAAAACUGUUGCCUCUUGUUGGUGCAGUGAAAGAUCUUCCAUUCGUUUCUGUUGAUAUUGUUUUAGUUCCACAGGAGGAUCUAGCCGAAUUGGGAAUAAAACGCUUCUAUAGGGGAAACAUCCCUAAGGGUGUUUCUUUCAAAAAUGGGUCUUUUGUUGAAGAUUCUGUUGUAACCUUCAACAACGUUCCUGAAGAUACACUUUUCACUCUGGAUAUGGAUGUUCAUCCUUCGUGGAUUGUAAUGGCAAAAGAAGGAGCUACAGAUCUUGAUAAUGUCUUACUAAAAAAAACAGGAACUGUUACUGGAAUUUAUGAACUGGAAAACAUUAUCAUAGAAGGAAACUUGUUUGAUUAUACAAACGAAGAACCACCAGCUGGACUUUCUGUUAGCGUUCCUGGGUCUGAUACAAAUGUGAUGAUGGCAGAGGGUUACUUCCAACUGAAGGCCAAUCCUGGUUUAUGGGAGCUAUCUUUGAUGGAUGGUAAUUCACGAACUCUUUACACUUUUGUUGAUCCAAAUACCAAAGCCCCAGUUUCCAAUGUUGAUGUUGAUAUUUUAACUAUUGAUGGGGUGAAGAUUCGUCCACAAGUGAAGAAGAACCCCGGAAAGGAGUCUAUUUCACUGAAUGAUCUUGUCACAGGUGAGGAGUCGAAAGGUGGGAUCCUGUCUUCUUGGUUCGGUGGAAAACAUACUACUGGGAAGCACGCAGAUAUCAACAUAUUCACUGUUGCUUCAGGGCACCUCUAUGAAAGAUUAUUGAGUAUAAUGACGGUAUCCGUUAUGCGUCAUACGAAGCAUACCGUAAAGUUUUGGCUCAUUGAUAACUAUAUGUCCCCAACCUUUAGGGAGUUUUUGCCUUACCUCGCUGAACAAUAUGGAUUUGAAUAUGAAUUAAUCACCUAUAAAUGGCCAUCUUGGUUAAGAGGUCAACGUGAAAAGCAAAGAACCAUUUGGGGUUACAAGAUCCUAUUUUUGGAUGUUUUAUUCCCACAAAGCUUGGACAAAGUUAUAUUCAUUGAUGCUGAUCAAAUCGUCCGUACCGACAUGAACGAGCUUGUUACCCUUGACUUAGAGGGGGCACCAUAUGGAUACACACCUAUGGGUGACUCUAGAAAAGAGAUGGAGGGUUUUAGAUUCUGGAAGCACGGUUACUGGGAGAAACUACUCGGGGACGAUUUAAAAUAUCACAUCAGUGCGUUAUAUGUGAUCGACUUGAAAAAAUUCAGAAGCAUCUAUGCAGGCGAUAUCUUGAGACAACAGUAUCAAAUACUUUCAGCUGAUCCUGAAUCACUCUCUAACCUCGAUCAAGACCUUCCAAACAGUUUGCAGAGAACCCUUAAGAUUUUCUCCUUGCCACAAGACUGGUUGUGGUGUGAAACAUGGUGUGACGAUGCAAGUUUGAAAACCGCCAGAACGAUUGAUCUUUGUAAUAAUCCAUUAACCAAAGAACCAAAGCUCGACAGAGCACGUCGUCAAAUUCCAGAAUGGACCGUUUAUGAUGAUGAAAUAUCCGCGUUGAGGGAAAGUGCUUUUAAGAGAAACUUCGAAGCACAACUCUUAGAGGUUAGCUCGAGACAAAUUGGUUCAGACCCCGCACCAAUUGAAGUUCAUGAUGAAUUGUGAUAAUCCAUGCAACUCUGUCGUACAUAGUUAUAUGGAAUAAAAAAGUACUGUUAUCAAGGGAUAUGUCUAUAUAUAAAUGCCAUAUGUAAACG